AGUGGUUUGGUAACUGGUGUCACAAUAUUCCUCGAGAGUACAAUGACAUGCAAAAACAAAAGAAAACAAUGAGAAAAACCUGAUGUUAAGCCUACGCACUUUGUAUGUAUUGAACAGUGUGAUGCUGGAGACGAGUGGAUUUAAACGAUCCGUUCACAAUACCUUCUUGCGUCACUGACGAUCACUGUUCUCCUGAGACGUUUGAAAAUCUUAGGACGUUGCUAGGAAACGCCGAGGCCGAUUGACGACGCCGAUUCUGCACCCAAGUGUCCUGUAAUGUGCAAGCGAUGUUGCAGACAGUGCUAAGUUUUUAUAGUUCUAAAGUACAUUUACGCCACAUCACGUAACACUGUUUAAACUAGUGCGAAGAUUGUUGAUCUUAUAGUGAACUACGCAGAUUGUGGAUCUGAGAAACUACAAAGGUGUCACGUGUAGAAGCAUUAACAAACUCUUGCACUGAAUGGAUAUUUGGACUGGUCAUUUAUCUUUAUCGGCAUUUCUUCCAGACACUUAAAAUCCUUAUCAGUUAAAAUAUUAGUUUCAUUUUGACAAAAAAAAAAAAGCAUCUUCUAGGCACGAUUACUUUGCAAGCCAUUAACUCGGUUUUUAACCACUAGCCACUGGAUUAAUACAAUUCUUAUCACUGGUAUCGGCUUCUAAGGUAUAAAAUGCUGAAGAUCUGCAGUUAAGAUGAUAACUAAACUUAAUAUUUUCAAGUCGUUUUUAUAGCGAUCACAAUUGCCCUUACGCUUGGAAAAUGAGCAUCUGGAGGGGUGGUUCUGAAUCUCAAGACAUUGCUGAUUAUUCUACAGAGCUUCUUCACGUUCCCAGGACUGAGGUCACUAUGUCCACUACCUCCCGUCCCAGCGGAUCAAGACGAAGUAGCCCUAGAGGUAGUCUACGCUAUCGUUCUCCGUCCCCAGCCAAUUCAUCCAAUCACAUCGGUGGUUCUCCUUAUCAGGAGACUACAUUAGUGGAAGAGCUUAUGGCAUCCACAAUCACUGAUAACGUUGUUAGGCCUAACUCCCCACAAACAGAUCUGGUGAGAAGAGUAACAGUGAAACUUUCCCGUCAUCCUGAUGAUGAAAUCGGUCUAGGGCUUUCUGGAGGUAAAGAAAAUGAUGAGAGAAUCUUUGUGUCUAGUGUGAUGCAAAAUGGUGCGGCAGAUAGAGCUGGGUUGUCUGUUGGAGAUCAGAUUAUUGCACUCAACAAUAUAUCAAUCAACAAUUUCACCCUUCAGGAGGUGCUACACAUCCUCUAUUCGACAAGCAGAAAAGUGCAGCUCACAGUGAUUCCUUCACGAGGUCCAGGGAAUAUCCACAGUGUUGAUCCUCAUCACUACCUGUGGGUGGACAGCGAAGGAAGACCAGUUUCCCCACCGCUGGACUUUCUUUAUGAUUCUUCAUAUCGCUGUGGUCUUGGAGACGGGGUCAGAACG